CUGCCAGGGGGGAAGAUGCUGCGCUCCAACGCAGAGGGAGCGUCCCUGAAAGGCUGCAACUCUGAGGACCCCUCAGGCCUUCAAGCUAAUCUGGAAGGUGCCAACCUGAAAGGAGUGGCCAUGGAGGGCAGUCAGAUGACAGGAAUUAACCUCCGAGUUGCAACGCUGAGAAACACCAAACUAAAGAACUGUAACCUCAGGGGAGCAACGUUGGCAGGAACUGAUUUGGAAGUUGUGACCUCCAGGAAGCCAAUUUGAGGGGCUCUGAUGUGAAAGGAGCCAUCUUUGAAGAGAUGCUGACCCCCUUGCACACGUCCCAGAGUGUCAGAUAGGGAAGAGAACACGUCGAAGAGGAAGGAAUCCAAACAUUUGUUGUGAUUUUCUUCACCUCCUCCCCUUCCUGAGUUAGAAGGAAUGGUUAUUAGACAACUUCCAUUUGCAGUAGUGCCUAAGUAGACUCUUUCUGAUCA